AGGACGUCAAAGAAGAUCUUCUCAAAAUUAGACAGAGGAUCACACAACUGGAAGCCAGAGAAGCGAUACUACUGACAUCCACUGAAGUGGCCCCCACUCUCUUGAGACUGGAACAGAACAUAAAAGAAUAUAAGACAAAUCUCAUCAGGUUCAAGCGUGAGAAACAAGAAAAG